AUGUCCGACCCCUUCGGAGCCGAGGCCGAGUUAAUCAAUAUCGAGAGCCACUUCCACCAAGGCCAAUACCAAGAAGUCAUCGACUUCGACACCUCCUCCUUCAGCGCCGACAACGCCCUGCCGGCACGCGUCCUCCAGCUGCGCGCGCGCAUCGCGCUCGGCCAAGCCGAGGACGUGCUCGCCGAACUGCAAGGGGAGAAGAAGCCGGAGCUGGAGGCGGUGGGCGCCUUGGCGCAGCUGAGCAGCGGUGACGUCGAGUCGGCCGUGGAGACGAUCGAGCAGCUGGCGGCCACGGACGCGGGCGAGAUCGGUAUCGUGCAGGUCGUGGGCGGGACGGUGCUGGCGGCGGCGGGCAAGGCGGACGAGGCGCUGGCGCUGCUGCAGAAACACCAGGGCAACCUGGAGGCCGUGGCGCUGAUUGUGCAGAUCUACCUGGCGCAGAACCGGACGGACUUGGCGGUUAAGGAGGUGGCUAGUGCGCGGAGGCUGGCGCAGGAUAGUUUGUUAUUUAACCUGGCCGAGUCGUGGGUCGGGUUGAGGCUGGGCGGCGACAAGUACCAACAAGCAUUCUACGUCUUCGAAGAGCUCGCGCAAGCACCGGCUACCUCCUCGGUACGGAGUCUGGUCUCGCAGGCCGUUGCCGAGCUCCAUCUCGGUCGCACAGAGGAGGCUCAGGCUGCUCUGGACCAGGCGCUCAAGAAGGAGCCCGGAUUCGCGGACGCCAUUGCCAACCAGCUCGUCUGGAGCGUCAUUACUGGUCAAGAUUCGGCCGAGUACAAGGCUGCCCUCGAGCAGGCUAACCCCAGCCACCCCUUCCUGACCGACUUGGCCGAGAAGAACGAUCUCUUUGACAAGGCGGCGACAAAGUACAAGGCCAAGGUGUCUGCUUAA